CCAGCGUCAAUGUUUAUACCCUUUACUCGCUCUCCUCGAGGCGGAGCAGCAUGGUUCAACGCAGGGCCUGUUCGAUUAUAUCCAAAUGUAUCAAACAAAGACAGCGCUCUUGCUCAACAACGACUGUGCCAUGACCAGUACAUGGCUGGAUGUAAGGUGUUUCACGUGCCCAAAGAAGAUGCAACGCAAGCUUCUCCAAUAGCCAUCGAUGAUUGGAAGGACGGAGAGACAAAUACAAAAGACCAGGUAAUGGUUUUUCAGUAUAAUGGAAAGUUUGUUGCCGUCAAUCACGAAUGCCCGCAUAACUCAUAUCCACUCUCUAACGGGACGCCCUUUGAUAUCGAGGACUUCGGCGUAACGCUGAGCGCUGGGAUCACGUGCCCCAAACAUGAUUGGAGUUUCGAUUUAUUUACUGGGCAAGGCGAUAGAGGAAAUUAUAAACUUCAAGUAUGGGAAACUCAAAUAAGAAUUCAAGAGCAGAUCGAGGAGGUUUGGGUACGAAGGAAACCUAGGAUCGGGUAAUUUGUUUCUCGCGCAGAGCUGCAACAUGAGACAACCAGGCGUUGAAACAAACUUUUAUUAAUGGUUGUAUUCUGUCUAUAAAUUCCAAGCUACCUUACUUGACAUGCUGCUUUAAAGGGUAUUACAGAUAAAUCAAGAAGCCCACCCCGCACCUCGGAGCAUCAAGGUUACAAUUCGCUCAAAGUCAACUUUGUUGAUGG